AUGGGCUCCACAUCUCCCGCACUGUCAAUAACAGAAGCAGCCCAGAUUGUCGAUGCCACGCUCGACAGCGUCUCCCAGCAACUCCGCGAUUUAAACCACCAGAUCUGGUCUCACCCCGAAGCCGCAUUCACCGAGCACCCCGCCCAUGACAUUCUCUGCACCUUUCUCGAAACCCAGCCACACCCAUUUGUGGUCACCCGGCAGGCCUACGGGCUGGCCACGGCGUUUGAAGCGGUAUCGGAAACACCACCGACCACGAUCAAUUUCAACGCAGAGUACGACGCCCUCCCCGGAAUCGGCCACGCGUGCGGCCACAACCUCAUCGCGACGAGCAGCGUAGCCGCCUUCCUGGCGCUUUCUUCCCUGCUGCGUCACCGAAACAUCCGAGGCCGGGCACAGUUACUCGGCACACCCGCCGAGGAGAACGGGGGAGGGAAGGUAAAGCUUCUCCGGGCGGGGGCGUAUGACGGGGUCGCGGUUUCGUUGAUGGGACACGGAGGCCCCGCCUCCCUGCCCUCCGACGGAGUAGCAGGAAUGCCCAUGACAGCGCGACAACAACUCACCAUCGAGUUCCGCGGGGCGGAGACGCACGCGGGCGCCACGCCGUGGGAGGGGCGCAACGCGCUCGACGCGUUGGUCAGCGCCUACAACAACGUGAGCCUGCUGCGGCAGCAGCUGCGGCCGGAGGAGCGGAUCCACUGCGCGAUCCUGGAGACGCCCAAAGUCGCGAAUGUGAUUCCCGCAGCAACCAAAGCGUGCUGGCAGGUGCGGAGUCCGUCAAUGGCGGGCCUGCGCGCGCUGGUGAGUAAGGUCCGGCGGUGUGUGGAGGCCGGAGCCCUGGCGGCGGGGUGUGAGGCGGUGGCCGUCGAAGAGGAAGAUGGGGAGGCGUACACGGAUGUGCUGCUGAAUGAGACGCUGUGUCGGCGGUACCAGGCGCAUAUGAAGCGCUAUGGGCGGGAGGUGGUGGUGAAAGCGGAUGAGGUUCUGACAGGAUCGACGGAUGCCGGAAAUGUCAGCUAUGUUUUGCCCACGCUGCACAGCUUCUUCUCCAUCAACGCGCCCCCCGGGUGCGUCCCGCACCAUCCCUCGUACACGGAAGCGGCGGGCACCGACAUCGCCCACCAGGAGGCUAUCCGGGUAGGCAAGGCCCUGGCUUUGCUUGGGUGGGACAUGAUCACGAAUCCUGAGCUCUUGGAACAAGCGCGGGCGGAGUUGAGGGAGGGUCUUCUUGGGGCACGGUAG